GUCAUAAAUAAUUGGUAAUAUUUAAAAUUUCUGGAAUACUUGAUUUGACAUCAAGUUAGUAUUGUUAUUGAGUAAACAUUGAGCGAGAUAUCAUGAAGUUCGCUAUAUCUUUAUAUUUAAUCUUAUCUACUUUUGAAUACACUUUACAAUGUGGAUGUCCUGCAGUUUAUACACAGCAGAUAGUUUGUUAUUCUGAUAUUGUUAUGAAAGCGAGAAUUGAUGAUCAAGAUGUACAUGUUGGAGAAUUCACAAUUUCUAUUGAUGAAAUCUAUAAGGGAGAGGAUGUACUAGAUAGUUUGCCAAACAACCGGACACUUACAACACCACUGGAGUCGUCAAAGUGUGGACCUUUAACUCUGGACACCGGGAAAACGUAUAUUAUGACAGCGAACUCUUAUGAGGGUAGACCGAUGACUAUAAACUUUUGCGACUUUUUUGCCGAAGAACACGAAAUUAGCUUGACGUUGUUGAGAGGCCUUUCAGGGGAAUAUUUCAAUAAUUGUGAUUGCAAGAUACCUUACCUGUGGGACGAUGACACACGAAGAGGACGACUACGUUGUCGACGACCAAGACGCGGAUGCUCAAGUGAUGCUAUUUGUUCAAAGAACACGCGAGGGAGAUGUAAAUGGCAGUCCUGUCGUCGAAUGAUUUAAUGCAAUACAUACACAACGUUUAUUGUUAGUUACCUAAAACAAAAUCUGAUGUGACGUUUUGUGUUAUAUUUGUAUCUUAUCUGUAACAAUUAUUAAAUAUAAAUAUUACGGCCA